AUGUUGACCAAACUCGGCCCUUGUCUCUCGCCGAUGUGGGCUCGCCUUCUCUAUUCCGGCAAAGCCGGACGCGUCCGUUCGUGGCACAGUAGUGGCCGAUGGUUGAAGCAAGACGAGGUGGUUGCCAACGGCCCAGCAAAUGAGGCCACGCCUCCGCCUUCGGCCGUGGUGAAGUCCCAUUCCAGCCAGGUGGAAAAGCCCUUUCCCGAGCGGACGUUGGUCGAGUUUGCAGAGGAAGAGACCUCCGUGCCUGUCAUGAGCCUGAAAGAAGAAGAGUAUCGACUCAAAGUCAAGGACUCGUAUCUCGUCGACUAUAAGAACAACCAAGGUUUGGUCAGAUAUAUGUUCAAGAAGCCAUUCGAAACCUCCUACCUCACCAAUCGACCCAUCCAGAACAAUAUACUGCGGGCCGUCGACCAAAUCAAACCCCAGUCCAUGCAGAAAACCACAUUCUUCAAGGAGGGCAUAAAUCAUCAUUACGAGACAUACACAAAAUCUGGGUUGGGGUUUUCGUUUCAGUAUCGCCAGUGUGUCACCACCACAACCGGAGGGACCAUUCGAUUGCAAUACUCGCGGCAAGAAAACAUUGAAAUGGCUCAAUACGGGGUGGAUUUCUUCCGGCAGGCGGGCAAGUUGCUAUAUACGCAUCAUGCGCCCCAUCAGCCGCGUGUCAAUUUUCACCCUACUGGGCUCCUAGCUCUGGCUGACGACUCUCAAGCCGAGCUUUUGGAACAGACACACGGAGUGCAAAUAAGUCUCGGGGUGCGAGCCGAACUGAUGUCACCUGCUCAACUUAGCAAAAGAUUUCCUUACAUCAACACGCAAGGGGUAGCCGUGGCCAGCCAUGGCCAUGAAUGUGCGGGCAGGGUUGAUCCAUUCGCCCUCCUUAGCAAUCUCAAGAUGAAGUGCGAAGAUCUCGGAGUGACCUUCGUACACGGAGACGUGCACAAUUUUGUCCACGAGAUGCUGAACGACCAAAAAUUCGUGGAUGAAGAGGGCCGUAGUCUUAAGACGGGGAAGGCAGUCACCGACCGGGAAAGUGAAAUCGAAAGAGUGCACAACCGUGUCACUGAAGCUCAUAUUCAUCUGCCGGAUGGUGAUGUAUGGCCUUUGGCUGCGGGUAGAUUUAUCCUUUGUGGUGGCCAUCAAAACGGACAUUUAGGUCGUCUCUGCGGGUUUGGGCUUGGCAAGGAAGAGUUAGUGGCUGAUCUGCCCGUUGAGCCCCGGAAGCGAUAUUACUUCAAGCUAUCAGCUCCCCAGGGUCCCGGUUUGAAUUGUCCACUCGUGGUGGAUAACACGGGCGUAUUUUUCCGCCGAGAAGGCUAUGGUGGCGUGUACUAUGUCAGCCGGCCUCCAGGUUGCCUGGAAAAUGAACCCAGCACUCAAAAUUUAGACGUGGAUAUGGAUUACUUUCACGAGUGGGUCUUGCCACCAUUGGUUGAUCGAGUGCCAGCGUUCAAAGAUGCCAAGGUCAUGGAUUGUUAUGGAACCUUUGAGGAUGUCAACUUUCAUGACGAGAACCCCGUUAUCGGACCCCAUCCUUAUCAUACAAACGUUCUUCUCGGCGUCGGUGGAAGUGGCAUGGGAAUUCAAUUAGCUCCAGCUAUCGGCAGAGCUCUGUGCGAAUAUCUCACCGAGCACGAAUGCAAAACUCUGUCAUUGGAGAAUUUUGACUUUCAAAGGUUGCUCUUUCACAAACCUAUGUUUGAAGCCAUUCAUUUAUCGUGAUAAAUAUGCUAUUGCCCAA